GCACUGAAGGAUACUUGUUACGUGUUUCACCGCGCUUCUAUUAGUGUAACUUUAUACUGUAAAGUGCGACACUCACUGUAGGGGUCCGGAAAGGAGAGGUGUAUUUUUUAGGAAUGGUGAUGUGCUUAAGUUGCGCGCUAUGGUGCACACACGCAAAUUCUCUUUUACCAUUCUGGCUUUGCACCUCAGUCAGUAGAUCAGACUACUGAAACAACCCAAACACUCACUAUAUUCAGAGGAAAGGAGAAAAGGAUGGCAGCUCCACAUAACGGAACCAACGUAACGGCGAACUACACCAACCAGUUUGUGCAGCCACCGUGGCGCGUCGCUCUCUGGUCCGUCGCCUACAGCUCCGUGCUGGCGGUGGCUGUGUUUGGAAACCUCAUCGUGAUCUGGAUCAUUCUUGCACACAAGCGUAUGAGGACGGUGACGAACUAUUUCCUCCUAAACUUGGCGUUUUCGGACGCGUCAAUGGCCGCGUUUAACACUUUGAUAAACUUUAUUUACGCUGCACACGGGGAGUGGUACUUCGGCGAAGCGUACUGCAAAUUCCACAACUUCUUCCCAGUCACAUCCGUGUUUGCAAGCAUCUACUCCAUGACUGCGAUAGCUGUGGACAGGUACAUGGCCAUCAUCCACCCCCUGAAGCCUCGUCUGUCAGCCAAGGCCACCACAGGAGUUAUCAUCUGUAUCUGGAGUCUGGCCGUGGUCCUUGCCUUCCCUCUCUGCUACUUCUCCACCACCCACGCUCUGCCUCGCAGGACCCUCUGCUACGUGGCCUGGCCCCGAAUGGCCGAUGACCCAUUCAUGUAUCAUAUCAUAGUUACAGUCCUAGUCUACGUGCUGCCCUUAGUGGUGAUGGGCAUCACUUACACCAUCGUGGGGGUGACUCUGUGGGGAGGAGAGAUCCCAGGAGACUCAUCUGAUAACUAUCAUGGACAGCUCAGGGCUAAAAGGAAGGUGGUGAAGAUGAUGAUCAUAGUAGUGGUGACCUUUGCCCUCUGCUGGCUCCCCUUUCACGUCUACUUCAUUGUGACGGGUCUCAACAAGCGUCUGAACAAGUGGAAGUACAUCCAGCAGGUCUACCUGUCAGUGCUGUGGCUGGCAAUGAGCUCCACCAUGUACAACCCCAUCAUCUACUGCUGCCUCAACAGCAGAUUCCGAGCUGGCUUCAAGCGAGCGUUUCGUUGGUGCCCGUUCAUCAAGGUAUCCAGCUAUGACGAGUUGGAGCUACGUUCUACGCGGCUUCACCCAACACGCCAGAGCAGCAUGUACACGCUGUCUCGAAUGGAUACCACCGUCAUGGUGGUUUAUGACCCCACCGAGGGAGAUGGCGGCGCCGGCGGUGGGUCUGGAAGGAAGCACUCCCUGUCGGCUAGGAAGAGGAGCUACAUCACGUCUCGCCACUCGGAAGUCUCUGGAUGCAACGGUGGCGAUGCAAAAACGCAAAAUGGAGGAGCUCCAAGCGCUCAGCCUGAGGAGUUUUCUUGAAGGGUGUUCUCACAGACUGACACACAGACAUGUAAGAAAAGAACACACAUAAUACUCUGUACAUACAAAUGGUGCACAGGUCGUUGCUUAAUUUAGAUGUAAAAGCAUUUUAUCGAAGCAGUUACUUUAACAUGCAAAGAAUGACCAAGUGGACACAGAGAUUAUUAAUAUUUUAGCUCAAUGGAUAAUAUUAAAGAUAUCUUGGAGCGUGGAUGGAUCACUGAGUGGGCUUACUGGGCACAGGUGUGAAGUUCAAGGGGUCAGUUUAGAGUGAAUGUUAUUAGCAGUAAUUAUUUGAAACCCACACAGCUUAAUCAAAAGUAUUGAAGCCUCUACUAUGGUGUUUUUGUUUGUGUGUUUGUUUGCCCUAUAUCCUUUAAUAUUGGAGCCAGAUUGUGAUGCAAAUAUAAUUUAUUUUAUGCUUGCUUGUUUUCCACUACAUAAUACAGCUGACAGUAUUAGGCUACAGUGAAGCAACUUAAGUAUGUUUCAUAGCAGAAUAGAUAUCGUGAUAUUAUUUUGUAUGUUUUUCUGUGGAGAGAGCUGUCACUGUGAGACUGGCUCAGUUUGCGAGCAGAGUUUACACACAGGUCCCAAAAGUGUCAUCAUCACAAUUAAAAAAGGACUGUGGUUUGUAAAUUCCAUAUACUCUCUUCCAUCCACAUGCAUGGCUCACAACUGUGGUGUUUGUUAGAUGUUCAGGCAUCAACAGGAGAGGAAUUUAUUUCAUGUCGCAAACUGCAGCUUGGUGAAACAGGCCUCUGCUUUGGAAAAGAUUCAUACAGCCUUCCCUAAGUUCAGGGUUUGUUCUCAACUAAUAGCAUAACCAUGAAGUCAGAGUUUACUUACAAAAUAGCCUCCUAAAAAAUCUGAAUUGAUGGCUAGCAACUAGGGCUGGGAUGGGUGGUGCUAAUAUAGGGGGACCUUUACAUGUCUGUGCCCCAGGAGCCCAUUGUCUCAUAAUCCAUCCAUGCUCAGGAGCACCCUUAACAACAUAUGAAAUGAACAAUGCUGAACUUGUUAAACAGUGUUAAAAUAUGCCUAUCACAACUUUUUUCCAUGACCAAGACAAGACGAUGACGAGGAGAUACUGACAUCAUUUAAAACAAACUGUGACUAAAUCAACACGCAAUAUUGUUGACUAAAAAGACAAGAAGGAAAUUUAGUUUGAAAGAAAGGACUUAACUGAAAUCUUUUUCUUCUUUUCCUUUUUUUAAAUUACAAAAUGUCACAAAGCUCUGCCCACUCUCCUUUCAGCGCCCAUUAACCAGCUGCUCAGACAGGUCACAUUGCAACAGAGAGCUCCACAUCCAGCUCACAAUCUGCAGUGACAUUUUCAGCAUCUGGUCUAUUUUCUCCAUCAGCACUACACCAGCAGCACACAAUGAGUACAGUCAACCUGUUCUCAUUCCCAGGUCGUCAAUACAGACGCUAUGUCACACCUCUCAGUGUGUGAUACCGAUGCACAGGGCACUCUUUAGCAUGUCAUUACAGCUGAAACACAUUGUAACACAUGGUUUAUGUUGUGAAACAGUCAAGAUUAGGUUUGGGUAACAAAACUCCUUGGUUAGGAUUAGACAAAACAUGUUUGUGGUUAAAAUGAGUACAUUUGUUAUGUAGAGUGUAAGUACAUCACUUCAGUUACAUCAUUGCCCAACAACCAUACAUACAUAACGCUACAUUAAAACAGUGUAGGUAUGUUGUAGGUACGUAAGUUACGUGACAUUAUGUGAAAAGCAGCACAUACUUUUGGUUUCAAACGAGAUACACAUCGCCGUCUACUCUGUGAAAGUCAUGUUUUGUUUGACCAGUCUACCUCCCCUCUCCCAUCCCAUACAGCCUUUCUCGUUGAGUACUGCCAUGGAUGGGUUUACAUUGGAGUUGGUUGAAAGCCUGGUGGCCUGGCUCAUUGACACGUUAAAGGAUGUCUUUGGCAUCAUUAUCACACAGUGAGGGGCGUGAUAAAGUGUCCGUAUUUGAAAAUUGCAGAAUCAGAAUGGGCUGGUACAGUACAGACUUGGGACUUGGACUUUUUCCACCAAAUUAGUGUAUGUAUGCAGUUUUUAAAUGCAGGAAACCCCAUUGAAAAAUAAUUUCUGGUGUGUCACAUUCAACGCGACUGCUAGAAAACAAGUUUUUAAACAGUAAGAAGCAGUAUGGAUGCCAUUUAAAAUGUUACAGUCAUUGCUUCUUUUUAUAUCUCUUACUUACGCAGUCUCUCUUUAGAAAUUGGUGCCAACUACAUUUAAAAAAAUGUUUGGACACUGCUUGGAUAGAAACAGAUGAAAUAUGUGGCAGCCCAUCAUUACAUCACACCAGCAAAGGGGAUAAAAUUAGCACAUCCACCCAGGUGUUGAAUUUCCGUCACUGCCGAUCAAAGUCAAUCAGAGCUUGAACCAAUAAAUGUAGUAAUUUGUUAAAUACAAAUGCUAGAUGUUAGCAGGUGUUAGUGGGUUUCUUUGUCCAGUGGAAAAGGGGCUUUACUUAUGUUGGAGUUAACAGUGACAACAACAAGGCUUUGUUCAGUAACAUCUUCCAGAAUAUCAGAGCAGAACGUCUUCCAGGUCUGGAUAUAUUCCUUUAAAUUAUAUCAUCAAAUCACUAGAACAGAGUUUUUCUGCAAAGCUGCACUCUCAAUCAUUGAACCUGUGUUUAUCAUCAGAUAGUGAUAAGAUAAUAUCUUAUGUGAAAUAGCCAGUGUUUGACUAAAAUGACAAAAUUAUUGGUUUUGGAUUGACCAGACCGAGUGGAAUGUUUAAUAUAAUCUGAUGACUUUAUAAGAUUAAAAUACCCAGAAUUAAAGUCAACAAAAAAACAGACUAAAACAGUAUCAGGCUGACUAAAUAUAAUUUAAAAAAUUGACAUAAGACUAAGACCAGGACUACCUUUUUUUAAUGUUAAAAAGCAGACGAACUUAACACUUCUAAUACAGUAUUAUCAUCUAAAUUCAAAGUGCUUCGCCUUAAAUUUUCUCCUUAUCCAGUAAGAGUCCCUCUGCAAUAAUGAAACACUAAGUACCUGUUUCAUUACAGAACAUUCAGCUCUGAUUGAGAUUAGCAUUUAAACACAGUCAGCACACUGCACACUGUUUCAUGGAGGUCUGGGUCCCACGGUUCAAAUGAUUGACAAUGAAAUUAAUCAGUUCCGCUUGUCGUUUUGCUGCUCUGAGUGAGAGAUCAUCUCACAGUGGAGAUAAUCUGAAAACACGCCAUGGUGAUUGUAAUUCUGUAAGUAUGUCGUAGUUUCAUUUCCAUCUGUAAGUAUUAACUGCAAACUUUAUGUGACGCAGAGAAAUUACUCUGCACCUAUUUACCCCCGAAGCUAUGAAUGAGCGGCAGCCGAAAGUCACCGAUGGAAUGGUUGUUGUUGAUUAAACUCCAUUUGGCUCUAUAUGUGGCUUUGAGUUUGGCUCUGCAAGUACUGAAAUGGAGUUUGGCUUUCAGUUGUGUAAUGGUUGGACAUGCUGUGCCUGUAACUAGCAUUAAGCCAGAGGCAAAAUCCAGUGUACAUUUGCGCACGCCAAUAGACAGGCUGCUGGAGAAUGGACAGACUGAAAGCAAACAAACCAAUGAGGGCCUCGUGGGUCAUUUUUACAGUGAUAAAAAAAGCUGCACAUUGAAGUGCAGCCUUUGUUCUACUGUAUAGUGUUCUUUUAAAUGCCUUCAUACAAAGCGAAACAGUUCUGUCUCACACAGGUCCCACUCUGUAUACUCUAUACUCUCCUCCAAUCAUAAGCAAGCAUGUGCCCACUGAAAUUUGCAUUAAUGUAGCCAGCCAAUCAGGAUGUGCCUACCUGUAUACAUACGGAGCCUGCAGUAUAUAAGGCAGCAUACACUGCAGUCUGCCAUCCUUUUUAACUUCAAUUUGCCUACCAAUCAUCUCUCUCCAUGGAUGGAGUCACCAUUUCAGGAGCUUUAUCACUGCGUUGGCACACACCAUGCAGAGAGCGGUGUUCAGCAGCCACCAGCCUGUGAGGCUUGCUGGGCGCUACCCAAGUUUAGAUGCCAGCAGCAGUGGGAUCAUUUCAGAUGUUCGACCUGAGGCUUCUCUGCGAUGAGAGUGAGCCGGAGCUUGAGAUGCAUAACCCUCAGAUCCUAAUCCAACCGCCAGAAUUCUGCUGCUGCCUUCAGCCAUCCCCACUGAGACAGCAACUUUGUUUGCAGAUGAUGAUUACAACAUUUUAUAGGUGUCCCGCAGGAGUCCACAGCCGACAUCUCUCUGCUGAGACUCCCCACAGUGGGUUGUGUUGGCCCCCGAGCACAGGCAGGUUGGCAGGAACCCUCUGACUGUGGUCCAUGCACAGUCAAAGACAUCUGUGUGGUAGUGUCAUGGUUUAUGCCCUGCCUCUUCAUACAGUUCUAUCUCUUGGACAUGUCAGGCUCUUCUUCAGGGUCUGUGCUCGCUGGAAUGACACAGGACUGUUGAAAAGGACUGGGUGUAUGUCAUGUGUGUUGCGCCUGACUCCACCUUCCUUAAACCUAUGUGUACCCAUGCUCCUCGAUGACCAGGAAAUGUCAUAUGCAGGGUGUCUACUGCUUGUCUUUCAACCCCUGUGGAUCAGGCUAAAGCUCCACCCAGUUCGGUUGCUUCUCACCUGGGCAGGCUGGGGCCCCCAGGUUCUCCAUUGUAGCAGCCAAGAUUACAGAGAAGUAGGCGGGAAGCAGUGAGUAACUUUUAGCCAGUCAGGAUCAGUAUGUGUCGAUGCUAUGUUGCAACAGGACGUUAAUUCAUAGGGCUUCACCCACUGUAUCCAGAGUCCAUCAGAGGGCCGAGCCUGUGAUCUGUCCGUUAGCCAAUGACUUUACAGAAAGAAAUAGCACUUCAAAAUAAAAGCUCUGUGCAGGAAAUUCACCAUAGUUCAAAAUUAGUUUUUAACAAACCUGACAUGUUCACAAGUCACUUGUGGUCCAUUCAAAAUGGAUCCAUGACCCACUUUUGGACUGUGACCCACCAUUUGGGAACCGCUACCACAGAGUCCAGUAGAAGGCUUUGCCUGUGCUAAUAGAACUAGGGUUACAAUAUAAUAACCUUCAUUUUUGCCUUUUGCAGUUUUUGGUCUUUCUGUAAAUUCUUCCAGCAUGCUGUUAUCCUGAGUUACAUCUUUAUUUAACUCCCCUGCUUGUGUGCGCAUAAAGUGUUGAGACUGCCCCAGCAAAUAGCUAGCCUGUGGCACGUUAGGUUUACAAUACGAUAAGUGGAACCAUACUGUGAAAGGAUUAUAUGCUGUAAACCAUUGGACCAGUGUAUCCCCUCUCACUCUGUACACAUCAACACACAGACAUGACUCGCGGCUGGGAACUAAGCAUAACAAUAGUUUUGUUUGACUGCUUUUAUCAGUAGCCUAGCAUUUUGUUGUGUUACUUUUUCACCAAACAUACAUUCUUAAAAGAUACUGCAAAAUA